UUAAAGAGAGUGGUUGAUGCAUGAACAUAUAUACAAAUCUUGCAGUUUUACUUUUAGAUACAUAAAGAAAGAAAGAAAGAAAACCCCACAAUGCAUUCCCUUCGAUUGGCUUCUCUAACAUUGGCUCUUCUUCUCCACUGCGUCGCCAGUGCUGACCCUCUCUUUCAUUUUUGUUCUGGCUCAGCCAACUACACUUCCAACGGAACUUAUGAGAAGAACUUGAACCAGUUGACGGAUUAUCUCUCCUCUAAAGUUCCUCCCACAGGCUUUGGAUUUGAUUCAGUUGGGGAGGCCCCAGACCGUGUAAACGGGCUAGCUCUUUGUCGAGGUGACGUCUCUACCGAAGAUUGUAAGAGCUGUGUCAUUGGAGCCAACAGUGAAAUCCGCCAACGUUGUCCCAAUGACAAAGAAGCCAUUAUAUGGUAUGAUAACUGUCUUUUGAAGUACUCAAAUCUGGAUUUCUCGGGCAAAAUUGACUACAAAUACAGGUUCUACAUGUGGAACACACAGAAUGUAAGUGAUCCAGCUUCUUUUAAUCAGAAAACAGAGGAACUCCUAAGCCGCCUAGCUGAGCAAGCUUAUCGAGGUGCGAUGCUAUUUGCUACCGGAGAGCAACAGCUGGAUGAAGCGGUGACACUAUAUGGGCUGGUUCAGUGCACUAGGGACCUCCCUAGCGCUGGUUGCAAGAGGUGCCUGGAUGAUGCAAUAAGUGAACUUCCUAGCUGUUGUGACGGUAAGCGAGGAGGAAGGGUUGUUGGUGGAAGUUGUAAUUUCAGAUACGAACUGUACCCCUUUGUCAAUACAUAGAACAUGUUGAAAUCUUUGUAUGGACAAUGGAGAGUUUAAGGGAAUAUAUCUCUACAUAUUUAAACUAUUUAUGGAUUAUGAAAUGUAAAGGAAGGACCUUUACCUUGAUGGUUCGGUUAAAA